CGCUGACAUCACUCUCGGAAGUCUCGCGGUAACAGCAGCUUCCUUGAUCGAGAGAAGAGAAAGGAUUUGCAAAUGGAAGUGGUCACGUUUUAAACAACAAAAAGGAUUUAGUCAUGUCUGAGUCACUGUAUGAGAAGUUCUUGGCUCCAGAGGAGCCAUUCCCUCUCCUGUCCCAAAGAGCCAACCUGAGCGAUGUGGGAACCUUGGACGUCAGUGACUUUGGCUGUCAGCUGUCAUCAUGUCACCGGACAGAUCCACUGCACCGUUUUCACAGUAACAGAUGGAAUCUUACCUCCUGUGGGACGAGUGUUGCCAGCUCAGAGUGUAGUGAGGAACUCUUUUCCUCCGUGUCUGUGGGGGAUCAGGACGAUUGUUACUCCCUCCUGGACGAUCAAGAACUGACGUCGUUGGACUUGUUUCCAGAGGGCAGUGUGUGCAGUGAUGUCUCCUCUUCUAUCAGCACCUACUGGGACUGGUCUGAUAGUGAGUUUGAAUGGCAGUUGCCAGGAAGUGACAUCACCAGCGGCAGUGAUGUCCUCUCUGACAUCAUCCCCAGUGUACCGAGUUCCCCUCGUUUUUUUUCCAAGAGAAAGACUAAGCCCCACCCCCACCGUAACUUGGAUGAACUACCCUGGAGUGCAAUGACCAACGAUGAACAGGUGGAGUACAUUGAAUACCUGAGUCGGAAGGUCAGCACAGAGAUGGGUCUGAGAGAGCAGCUGGAUAUCAUCAAGAUCAUCGACCCCUGCGCUCAGAUCUCGCCCACGGACAGCGAGUUCAUCAUCGAGCUCAACUGUCUCACCGAUGAGAAACUCAAACAGGUACGAAACUACAUCAGAGAGCACAGCCCACGGCAGCGGGCCAGCAGCACCAGAGAGAGCUGGAAGAGGAGUAGCCACAGCAGUGUCAGUAACGGUGGAGUCAGUGGAGCCAGCAGCAGUAAUGCCAGCAUGGUCAGCUCGACCAGCUCCUCCAACUGUUCCACAGCCUCCAACUCUGUAGCAGGUGGGACAGCCUCGGCCUGCAGUGGGAACAGCGUUGCAAACAUCAGCAGAGCUCACAGUGAUGGCAAUCUCUCCAGUGCAGCAGAACGUAUACGAGACUCUAAGAAACGCUCAAAGCAGCGUAAGCUUCAACAGAAGGCGCUCAGAAAACGUCAGCUGAAGGAGCAGCGACAGGCCCGCAAAGAGCGUCUGAGCGGACUCUUCCUGAACGAGGAGGUGCUGUCCUUACGGGUAACGGAGGAGGACGACCACGCAGACGACCUGGACAUACUGAUGUGACAGCAGUGAAUCAGUCAGUGCUCCCUCUACGCCUGCUCUCUCCACACACGGCCAUAGAGCUCAGCGAAAGCCUUCUCGUCAUCACUGCACAGACGAACCCACUCAUCCUGCUCUCUGUUAGAAGUAAUGUAGUUAAAAAGUAUUAGUUCAGCCUCCGGAUAUCGUGACAGGGCUAUAAAUGCUGCAGAUGUUUUCAAAGAUUAGUGCAGAGAUGGAGCUGAAAUAGUACUGAAGCUUUUUUUAGUUUGAUUUUUUUUUCCCACCAGCCUAAACUGUUAAUAUUCAGUGCUAAAGCAGCUCAAGCCUAAAAGCUACACACAGUCAUUUGCACUUUAGUCGGUUGUUAGAAUGAAAUACAGUUAGCAAGAACUUUUAGACGCUGUUUAGACAAAUAUUCACUGCUUCUAACAUAACCACCACCAGCAGAAGAUCAGGCAGGAGAGAGGAGUCUGGUCCCAGGCAAAUGUUAGAGUCCUGAUAGUAGAAAAGAUCACUUUACUGUUAAAUUUGUUCUGGUUUGGUGUUUAUUCAAAGACAGAGCUCGGUUCUGCAGCUCAUGAGGUUUUUAGCAGUGAACGCCCAGGGAAAGACAGCGAGCUGUUCUGCCUUCUCCACCUGCUGUGGUCCAUUUCACUCUCAAGGCUUAGAGGGAGCACUGAAACUCUGCAUGUUUCAAUCCUCACCCACGCCACGUGUGGUUCAGUAACUAACGUUGCAUUCACAUGUUAAGAAAAAGUGUUUACCUUUAUUGUAAAUAAAUGACAAGUUAUAGCAUAUUUGCUGCUUGCGUUCAGGUUUUUGUUUGGUGAAAGAUUUUUUUUUUGUCUCAUCCUGUGACAAGUUAGAUUUAAACACCAGACUCUUUGCUAAACUUGAGUCUUACUUUUUUUUUCGUCCUGCAGCGACACCUAUGGUUGCGUUUGGGACUUGUCUAUUGACCACUAUAAUUCCUGUUUGUCCUGUCCUUACGAUGAAUCAUCUUUAGUGAAGUCUUAAAGAUUCUUCUGAUUUUCUUUGAGCUGCUUUUCUUAAAUGUGUGCAUCUAACGUUUUACUUACUAUAAGUGUUUCCUUUGACUCUGUCUGAGUACUGACGUCACUUAUUGUUCUCUCAACUCUGUUUUCCAUUUUACCUUUUCUUGGUCGCUUUCUGUUUUGUGUGUAAAGUUAAUACAAUGCUUAUGCUGAAACAGCAAUAUAUUUACAGAUGUAAAAAAAACAAAAAACAAUGAGAAAAACUAUUUUCGAAAAAAAAUGAAACAAAAAAAUCCCAAUGAUGCAAUACAUUGUAAAAAAACAAAACAAAAAGUUAGAACUUCAUCAUGAGCCAUGCUGUGUGUUUGAGAAGGUUCCUUCAGAGCCGCUGUCACGCCAUCAUGCUAAUUUUCCACACGUUUACCACCGGUGUUAGUUCAGACCACUACAGACCUGUAGACUGAAAGAGAUGAAAACCUGUAACAGUCAACAAGAACACAACCAAUAAAGUCAUCGUUGCAUCAAGCUGUUUUUUUUUUUUCU